UGUGCAGAGUGCAGCUGUGCAGAUGCUGUUUCCUGCCUGCUCCCACAGCACUGGGGACCUGUGGUUCUACCUUUGUGUGUCCAAAGUGGGAAGCAUGCCUUUGCUGGUGCAUCAGUCCAUGGGUGGCUGUGAGCUUGAAGGUGGGGACACACCAGCCACCUGGGAAGCUUUUGGUUUUGGGCAGCUGGGUGGGGAGGCUUAUUCUUCACUCUAGGUGUCUCUUGGAAUGUAGGAGCAAAUCCUUUUCUGAGGAGGAAGAGCUGGGGCUGCUGGGGACCUGGACCUUUCUGCAGGCAGCCAUGAGCACCAGCAACCCCAAGCCAGAUGCCCGGACACCUCUGAGCCCCCGUUCACAGCCCUUGUCCCGGAGCUCUUCAAGCCUGCUGAGUGAAGGCCGGGGGCAGAGACCAGAGCUCCGCAAGACUGCCAGCAGCACUGUGUGGCAGGCCCAGCCAGUUGAAGCUGGUGACAGUCCCAGGGUCCUGGAGGAAGAGGGACACCAGACUGAGAGCGUGGAGCAGGCACAGGCCUCCAGCCCCCGGCCCAGUGCUGUGGGCCACUGGCGGAGCAGCACUGUGGGCAAUGUGUCCACUGUGGGUGGUAGGGACCUGUGUUGCCUGCGGGCCCCCAGCGCCACUGCUGUGCAGAGGAGUCACUCGGACCUGGUCCGUACUACCCAGACCCGGGGCCCCGGUGGUGCUCAGAAGGCCAGCCUCAGCUGCUCAGCCCUUGGCAGCUCACCGGUCCACAGGACUCGUCUGCAGCCUAGCAGUACUGCUGGGCAGGGAGACCAGGACCCUUCAGGUCUGGAAAGGGACCUGGGUCCGGAGGAUGGAACUUCAGACUCAGCCUGGACCCUGGGAGAGGUGUGGGUGCCGCCACUAGACCUGGGAGACCUGGGAAGCACAACUGCCCACAGCAGCAGCCCCCUGGCCAUGCCCAAAACCACUGGGCAGCUGGCCACCACCUCCUGCCAUGCCCUCCCCCCAGCAGCUCUACUCUGUGGCGUGAGGGAGGUGGGAGCUGGUGGUUGUUGCCAUGCCCUGCCUGCCCGACGGAUCCUGACCUUUCCCAAACUAGUGGCAUCAGUGAGUGAAUCUGGGUUGCAGGCUCAGCAUGGGGUGAAGUUUCAGUGUACAUUGCCUGGAGGGUUUCCUGGGCAUUCCCACUGCUGUGCCCACCCUUGGGGUCCUACCAGGUUAGCCACAGAGCCUGGCUCUAGGACCAAGGAUGUGUGUACCAUGACCUCAGCCAGUGACUUGGCCCCCACGUGGGCAUCUCCUCCGUCAUCCCAGGAUGCUGGUGUGCAGGUGGCUCCCAUAGCCACCUGCAAGGCUGUGGCCACCAGUCCACCCCUGGAAGCCCCUGUGGCCUUGCACACAUUUCCAGAGGUAGCUCUGGAGUCUAGCCCAGAGGAAGCACCAUCCCCUGUACGGGAUGUGCGAUGGGAUGCUGAGGGCAUGACAUGGGAGGUGUAUGGAGCUGCUGUGGACCCUGAGGUGCUUGGUGUGGCCAUCCAGAAGCACCUGGAGAUGCAGUUUGAGCAACUGCAGCGGGUGCCCCCCAGUGAAGAUAGUCUGUCUGCAGAGGGCCGGAGGGGGCCACUGCGAGCUGUCAUGCAGUCCCUGCGGCGCCCCAGCUGCUGUGGCUGUUCCAGUGCAGCCCCUGAGUGAUGAGCUGUAGCUGUCAGAGUGGGCCUUGAGCCAUGGAUUUGCCCCUGGGCUAAGGACAGAGACAGUGGAGACACUGCCCACUGGAUCUGCUGGCAGCCAUGGACAUAUCUCAGCUGUCUGCUGCCUACAGACCUCAAGACUGCAGCUUGGGGGCUUCCUGCUCCAUGAAGCUGGACUGGUUUUUAAGGGCUUGAUUCCAAGAACCACAUCUCUGCACAUCUUGGGCUCUGAACUUUGGGACAGGGUCUCAGCACUGUGCAUAAGGGAAAUGCUGGUUUUUCUCUAAAGGUACCUGAUCUUCUCUUCAGUGUUUCCUCCCAACUCCACCAUGACUUCCCCCCUUAGAUUCUUGGUGGUUUUUUUUUAAAGCAAUGCUAAAAUAUAACAAAUUCUUGACAUGCAAGAGGGCUCCAAGUGGCAGGUACUGCCUCGGUCUUUAGGGAAGGGAACUGACAUUGUUGGGGCCUCCUGCCUGCCACACACGGUGAACCAUCACCUUGUUGGUUCUUUAUCUCUUCACUUGUUUUGCUGAUGUAACCACAGGCAUUUGGCUGAUGUGCCUCAAGCUGGCAGAGUCAUAGCCAGGACUGGCUGAAGCCUGGGACAUUUCCCCAUGGCACAGUGUCUUACAGGCAGUCAUGAACAAGAAGAAUUUGUUGGGCCCGUUCUCUGUGCAAGGUCCUGGGGAUUCCUCCAGGAAAUGAUAGGCUACUGGUGCCUUCACUGACCUCAGCGUGUGAGGUACUAGGGUGCUGAGUGUUAUAGAAGGGCCACCAGCUGGCAUGGGGUACUUCUAAGGGCCAACCCCCAGGUAUGUCAUUGUGUCAGAGGCUGGACUCAGUAAGGGAUGAACAGGUGGCCACCUGUCCCCAAAUAUGUUGCAGUGCCUGAGAUUGCACUAUUAUUCCUUUGGUUUAUGGGUUUAUUUCCAGCUGGUGUAAUUCUUUGAAGGAGGGAGUGUAGGUAAGGAUAAAGGGAAGGAUCUUAGGGUGAAGACCCCCAUGGGGUGGGAUAUGACUGGCUGUGAGCUAUAGAUGGCAGGGAAGUAUGUGGUUCUAUUUGCCCAGUCCUGCCCACAUGACUGAUAU